AUGAUCUUUCCAACUAAACUCAAUCUUAUUGCAAUUUUAAUCGCCGCUUAUGCAGCGUUUAUUUAUGUCCGAAAAAAUCUGUAUACGAAAUUGCCACAUUAUUUCGAUGCCGACGAUCUGGAUCCACAGUUUCAGUCGAUUCUUGAAGUGUUCAGGUAUGUUUUCAAGUGCGAAAAUUAUGUCAAAAACGAAGCAAAAUUUGAUAUUGCUAUUACAGUACAAAAUUUCAUAGAUGGCUGGGAGCAGGGCGGUGCCGCACUAACCGUGUACUACCGGGGCCAAAAAGUGGUAGAUGUGUGGGGCGGCUACGCCGAUGUUCAGGCUGCCAGGAAAUGGCGCAGGGUACGUUAA